AUGCUAAAACUACGAAUAUUUUUAAGACCAUAUUCCAACCUCUCGAAAUUUCGUAAUACCGGAAUAAUAGCUCACAUUGACGCAGGAAAGACUACCACCACCGAAAGAAUGCUAUAUUACGCAGGGAAAACUAAACGGAUGGGUAAUGUAGAUCAUGGUGACACCGUUACAGAUUUCUUGCCUCAAGAGAGAGCAAGAGGUAUCACUAUUCAGAGUGCUACUACUACAUUCAAUUGGGGCAAAGGUGGAUGCGUCAACCUAAUUGAUACCCCAGGUCAUGCUGAUUUCAGUUUCGAAGUCAUGAGAUCACUUAAGGUUAUCGAUGGCUGCGUAACUAUACUGGAUGCCGUCGCUGCUGUCGAGUCACAAACUGAGAAAGUUUGGAAAUUAUCUAAAGGUAUUCCAAAAAUUUGCUUUAUUAACAAAAUGGAUAGGGUUGGUGCUGGUUUUAGUAGAACCGUAAAAGAAAUUAUCACAAAAUUACAAACAAGGGUGGCAAUAUGUAAUAUUCCAUUGUUUUCCAAUACUACACAAGAUGCAGGCUUUCAAGGAGUUAUAGACAUUAUAAAUGAUAAAAUAAUAAAAUGGGAGAGUGAAAAUCCUGAUAAGUAUGCAGUACAUGAUAUUGUACAAUCAGUGGAUCCAACUUUAUACGAAGAAGUAUUGAAUUGCAGAACGUCGUUGAUAGAAACGUUGGGUGAAAUUGAUGAAAUCUUUGUUGAGCACUUUUUAGAAGAAGCUGAAGCUGACUACAUGAAAGUUUCUCCAAUUGAAAUAAUGCAAGCUAUAAGGCGUAACACAAUAAAAAACACCAUAGUCCCGGUAUUAUGUGGUGCUUCAUUAAAAAAUAUUGGCAUUCAACCUCUUUUAGACGCCAUAGUCAGCUACCUACCCAACCCAACAGAGGCAAGACUCCCAGAACUUAACAAUUCAGCUGUUCCAAUAACAUAUGACGAAAAAAAUGGUCUUGUGUUCGACCAUAACAACAAUAUUUGUGUUGCGUUAGCAUUCAAAGUGAUAACAGAUACCAUUAGAGGGCUUAUGGUUUUUAUUAGAGUUUAUUCUGGGCAAUUAAGAAAUGGAUGUACCGUUUACAAUACAACAACGCAAACCAAGUUCAAGCUUGGAAAACUAGCAAUCAUGAAUGCAAAUGUUCCUGAAGAAACCGACGUAGUGUCUGCUGGCCAGAUUGGUGUCUUAACAGGGAGCACGAUAGCAGAAAAAGUUGCUACUGGGGAUACAAUAAUAUCGCAUAAUACAAAGAAAGAUGGGGUAAAAUCAUUUAACAAGAAUGUACUUUCUUUGAAAAUCAAUCCCAUUAGGAUUCCUCCUCCCGUAUUCAGUGCAACUGUUGAACCGAAAACGCUGGGGAAUAAAGAUAGUAUGGAUGCAGCAUUAAGUAGAAUAGUCCUUGAAGAUCCAAGUUUACAUGUUUCAAAGGACAUGGAGACGGGAGAAACCGUACUUAGCGGGCUAGGUGAACUACAUUUAGCGAUUGCAGAGGACAAGCUAGUCAAUCAGCUUGGCGCUGAAGUUAGGUUUGGUAAAACGACAGUUACAUUCAAAGAGACACUAACGUAUCCAAGCGACGUACAAACUAUAUCAAACGAACUAGGGUUUCAAUUUUCAAUAUCCAUCGUCCCCCUAGAGUUAUAUAGAACUAACAAACAUGGGUUAGAUUCAAGCCAAACAGAUAUUUAUCUUGGUAUGGACAACAACUAUCUAUCAAUUUUAAAGAAUAACAUUCCAAUUAAUGCCGAAAAAUGGCUCUUCCCGUUGCCUUAUGAAUCUUUUGUUCAUUCACUAAUGGCAAGCGCCAUCGCUUGCUUUCAAAGAGGUGGCAGACUGCUCAAUUUCCCUCUCCAUUCUUGCGUCGCUAUAGUUCAUGAUUGGGAAAUUCCGGUGGAUGUUACUAAGCCAAAUGAAGUUUUAAAUCUUUCAAGAAACUUAAUGAAUCAAAUAUUGACUGCUAUUCCCUCAAGCAGCUAUACGGUCCUAGAGCCGUUAAUGAAUAUCAAAAUAAUCGCUCCUACAAAGUACUUGGGUUCUCUUAUCCAAGACUUAACGGGAGCAAGGAAUGCUACAAUUUUAUCUGUACAGGAAAACCAAGAUUUAUCCGCCAUAGAGGGAAACAUAAAAUACAGAAAUUUCGCAGAUGAACAAUAUUUACCUCCAGACCCAACAAUGGCAUCACUAAACGCAUCAGACCAGAUAGUUGAUGUCAAGAUAAUAAAUGCCCGUGCUCCUCUCAGAAACUUAAUGGCAUAUAACAAGACUUUGAGAAGUAUAACCCAAGGAACUGCCGAACUGUCCAUUGAUUAUCAUGAUAUGGAAAAAGUACCGGAAGAGCAGGUUCAAAUGAUAUUAUCUGGUGCUUAA